GCGCAAUCUCACCAUCUCUCUCUUAGCAUAUGCUCUUCCGCACAGCUGUCAGAGCAGCACCAUCACGCACAAUGACACAACUACAGCAAACGACUUCCAAGGUCCGGAUCCACCGCCUCCCCCGGCCCCAGGCGACGCUGCAGCGCACGCUUAAGCGUCUCCCGCUCGGCGAUACCCCGACUGCGCAGCGCCGGUCGUCCGUGUUCCCGGCGUCGUCGCGCGGCGUGUGGGCUCGAGUCAACCCGCUCUGGGACCACUGGCCGAUCCAGAUCUCUAAAGAGGAGCUCGCCGAGCUCGGCGUCGACAUCGACAAGGGCGAGCAGAUCAGCGUCGAGGACGUCCUCAAGCGUUGGGACCCGACCGACGUGCUCGACGACGCGGAGGGCGGGCUCAAGGUCCUCAGCAGCAAGCACCGCCUCAAGCAGGAGCCCACGCUUCUGGGCGUGGCCGAACCCGUGCUCAACACCAGCCUUCCGCAGCUCGACGUCGGGGACGCGCAGGACCUGAACGCCCCGACCGAGGCGGGGACCAGCGCCGCACGCGACGCACUCGUGGACAUCCUCUCUGGGCGCAAGGUGCUGAGCUCGGAGCUCGGCGCCGAGGAGGACGUAGAGUAUGGCCCUUGGUCGACACGAUACACUGGCCACCAGUUUGGCCAGUGGGCUGGCCAGCUCGGCGACGGCCGCGCCAUCUCGUUGCUUGAGACGACUAGUGAGCUGGGCGGACGCCAGGAGAUCCAGGUCAAGGGAGCGGGCAGGACACCGUUCUCUCGACAGGCGGACGGGCUGGCAGUCCUGCGCUCCAGUGUGCGCGAGUACCUGGGCGCUGAGGCCAUUGCAGCCCUCGGGAUCCCGUCAACGCGCUCCCUCGCGAUCCUUACGUCGCCAGUCGAGGUCGCCCGUGAGAUGGGAUACGAGCCGUCGUCGCUCGUCGCGCGCGUCGCCCCGUCCUUCAUCCGCAUCGGCCACUUCGAGGCCAUGAACCCCGGCGAGGCGGGACGGAACAGCCACACGCUCUUCCUCGGCGGCCGGUGGCAACAGGAGGAGAAGGACGAAAACGACCCUCUCGGCGGCCAGGGAAACCUCGAAGGUCUGCGCGACUUGACUGCUUGGGUCAAGGACGACGUUAUGAAGUUCGAGGGUGGCGUCAAGGACUGGUUCCUCGAAGUCGUGAAGCGCAACGCGGAGACCACGGCCCUGUGGCAGGUGUAUGGCUUCAUGCACGGCGUUCUGAAUACGGACAACAUCUCAAUCCUGGGCUUGACGAUCGACUACGGACCAUAUGCCUUCAUGGACCAGUUCAACCCCGGACACAUCUGCAACCACUCGGAUCCCACUGGUCUCUACUCGUACAAGAACCAGCCCAACCGUGUCGCGUUCGCUCUGGACUCUUUGGGAAGCGCCCUUCUCCCGCUUCUCGGCUACGAGAAGCUGAAAGGCAAGGUCCCGGCUGAAGGAUGGGCUGAGGGAGCCUCAACAGACGACGUUCGCAAGUGGGAGGAAGCGGGCCUGGAAGCCAUCAACAGUUGGGGAGAGGAUUACACCCGUACCGUCGAACUGACCGAGCGUGAAGCUUGGGGAAGGCGAUUCGCCCUCAGGACGUACCAGGACUCGGACGACCGUGAUGUGGUGCAGGACUUCCUGUCGCUCCUGCGUGCCCACGGCGUCGACUUCCACGCGUCCCUGCGCGAGCUGUCCAACUUCCACCCCUCCAGGGUUGACGACGACGCGUACCGGCGCAGCUUUGCCCAGCGCUGGGUGGCCAACACGACCAUUGACCUCAAGUCUGACUCGGUCAUGCGCGCCGAGGAGGGCAUCACGGCCUGGCUGCGCGUGUAUGCAGCGCGCGCCACAUCGGCUGCCGAGAAGGCCGCGUGGGAGAAGGACGCGCCCGACGGAGAGUGGGAGGAGAUCCGCACCGUCGCCAUGCGCGCCGUCAACCCCCGAUUCGUGCUCCGCCAGUGGCUCCUCGAGGAGACGAUCAAGACGGUCGACGAGGCGCUCAAGGCCAAGGACGUGACGGGCGCGCGCAAGGUGCUAGCAAGGGUCCUAGAUCUUGCGACCCACCCCUUCGAGUCGUACGGCGAGGACGGAGAAUGCGCCGCCAACCCCUCGGACGAGGGCGUGGAGCGGAUGCGCCUCUGUGGUCUCGGCCCUCAAAACUUCCUUGGCUUCCAGUGCAGCUGCAGCAGCUAGACGUGGUAUUACCCGUAGUGUGUACGAAUCUCUUGUACGAUGAAUUCUGUGGUA